CCCUCCAGUUUGCGUUAAAAACCUACAUAUUAAAUACAAUAAGUCAUGUUGUUUUUAAUAAUUGAGAUUUAUUUUUGUACACUCUGAAUUUCUGUGAAUUAUUAUACCGGUUCGAUUAGAUUCAGGGCCGUAGAAACAAUUUGUGUACAUUAUCGUUGCUACGCGUCCGAUUCGUGAAAUUCCAUAGAUAUGAAUUAUAAUAACUUCUCUCGAUUUCUGUGAUAAAUAUCUAACGUAUUGCGCCGUGUUUUGUUAUUGAGUUACAAUAUUAAGUUUUGUCUUGCCUGUAAUCCGUUUAUUAUACAUUUAAAAGUAGCAGCCCGAACAGUGGUUUACGAUUGUACGUUGUGCGAGCAUACAUACUAUAUUAACCAUUGUGACCAUUAAAGGACCAUGUAAAACAAUUUCACAUGAUUUUUUUCUCGUAAAGCAUUUGAGAUACAGUUUUAUUAAAAUUAGGCACUUUGUUGUGGUUGAUAGUUAGCUAAUUUUACAAUUAGAUAACAAUCAAACACAGACAAGGUACAUCUAUAAUCUAUACUGUAAUACAAGCUAAACAAUUAUGGAAGUUAUUAUGCAAGAACACUUUGAAAAAAUGUUUCAAUUCUAUAAGGACAAAGAAUUUUGUGAUGUAACCUUGGUUACUGAUGCAGGCCUAAAAAUAGAAGCUCACAGAAAUAUAUUGGCUUCUGCGAUUCAUGUAUUUUACACGAUGUUCAGCGGUCAUUUUAAGGAAAGAAACGAAAAUGAGAUUCUUAUAAAAGAUAUAGAUUCUGAAAUUUUAGAAUUGGUGGUGAAAUUUGCAUAUACUUGUAAACUGGAUAUUGAAGAAAAUAAUUGUGAAAAACUAUUGAUGGCUGCUAAUAUGUAUGGUCUAAAUCAUAUAAAAGAAUUAUGUUUUAAACAUAUUAAAGAAAACAUAAAUCCUACAAAUUGUGUGAGUUUUAUGAAAACUUCCAAAUUAAUAUCACAUGAAAAGAUUUACAAUUUUUGUUGGUCAUAUUUUUUAAACAAUUGCACUACAAUUUUGAAUUCUGAUCAAGCAUUAGAAACACUUUAUGAAUAUGAGUUUGAUGAUGUUGUCGAGUUUAUUACACGUGAUGAUUUAGUAAUUGAUUCUGAGGAAAAGAUAUUUGAUUUUAUCAUUGGGUGGAUACGCUAUAACUCAGAUGAACGUAAUGACUUGUUACCGGUUCUUAUGAAAUAUUUACGUUUGCCUUUAAUUUCAAAAGAAGGACUACAAAGGAUUUAUAAAGAACCAUUAGUGAGAAAUAAUAAUGAUGUUUUGAGAGGCAUAUUAGAAAAUAUUAUUACUCACGACUGUUUAAAACCAUCGUAUACUCAAGGAAGAUGUACUCAAAGUGAAUCAUCAAAUAUUAUUUUUGCAAUCACUGGUGAUUCAAACAGUGGUGGUUCCAGUGUAAAGUAUAUGGAUAUUAGAAACGAUAAUGACUUAAAAUGGAAACCAAGCGAUCAUUUAUUUUUAUUGCCUCCUCGUAAAGACUCAAAGAUGGUAGUCUCUGAAAAUGGGAUAAUACUUGCCAUUGGUGGUAGAAAUAAGUCUAAUAAUGUAGUCAAUCUUGUAGACGAGCUUGAUCUUAAGUCAAAAUCAAAACAAUGGGUUUCCACAAGGCCAUUGAAACAACCACGAUCAAGUUUUGCUGUUUGUACAUACAAACAGUACAUAUAUGUCGUUGGAGGCUCUGAUUUAUUAUUUAGUAAUCGUUUGAAUUCUGUAGAAUACUAUGAUACAAAUUCAAAAGUAUGGACAGAAAUUACUGAACCAAUGCCCACUGCACGAUCCUCGUGCAGUGCUGCAGUAUUUAAUAAUAAAUUAUAUGUAUUUGGCGGAUUUAAUGGUAUCCCUCUUGCAACUGUAGAGUACUAUGAUUUUGAAAAGACACACUGGAAACAACUCGAUCCUAUGCCGAUACAAAAUUAUUACAUGAAUAUAUCAAAAAUAGAUAACGUCGUUUAUCUCAUUGGUGGUGAUUAUGCACCUCGACGAGUUUUUAAAUUCGAUUUACAACAUUUCAAAUGGGAUGAAAUGCCUAACAUAAACAUGGAUUGUGUUGUUAUCAUGAAAAACGACUUAUUUGUGUUUGUGAAUCAUCAAGGAAAACUUCAUUGUGAAAGAUAUGACAGAGGAAAAAAUCAGUGGCAAUUGAUUGACAGGGCAAGAGAAGGGUCAUCAUCCCUAACAAGUCAUAUCAUUACUUUCAAUCAUAUUACUCUUGAAUCCCAUGGUAUUCAGUUAUAGAAAUAUUUUUUUUAAUAAUACCUUUUUGUGAUUUCAAUUUAGUCUUAAAAUUAUUUACACAUUUUGUUGUUGAUGAUUUAUUUGUAUUUAUUGCCCUGAUUGUCAGGCCAAAAGAGAUAUGAAACGUUUUUGUUAUAAUAUUGCUUUUAAUGAUGUUACUCUGAUAUCAUAUUAUGGUAUUCACUUAUAAUAUUACUUUUUAUUAAUUAAAUCCUGUGAGUAAAAAUUGGUUGUACAAUUAUUCAUUUUUUGGACUUUAAUUUCGAUCACAAACUAUGUAUUAUUUAUGUAACGUUAGAGAUUGCAAAAUGUUGGAACAGGUUGUGGGAAAUCCCUGGGUUAGCGCCUGCUGUGUGGUACCUCUAAUUUAUUAUUAAGUUUUAAUUAUAAAUUAACUAGAAAAUACAAAGAAAGCUAUACUUUUUAUCAUAUUAUAAUAAAUACAAUUUGUGCAAUUAUAGUCUACAAGUAAAUUAUAUCCGUCGACAAA